AUGGCGACCCUCGCCGCGCUGCUCCUCCUGGUCGCCGCUUCCAAUGCCGCCGCGCUGAGCGCCAAGGCCGUGGAGUACCACAGCUUCGUAGCCACCCCGCUCUCGCCCCACGCGUACACCGCUCCGGCUGCGGACGCGGACGAGGAUGUCUUCGGCGGCAGCCUUGCCGUCGCGGAGGAGGGCGCAGCAGCCGCCGCCGCGUCGGCCGUGCACUUCCGCGUGGUCCACCGGGACACCUUCGCGGUGAACGCCACCGCGGCCGAGCUGCUCAAGCACCGCCUGCAGCGGGACAAGCGUAGGGCGGCGCGGAUCUCGAAGGCGGCGGCCGCCGGUGGCGCCGCGGCCAACGGGACAAGGAGCGGCGGCGCCGGUGUCGCGGCGCCGGUGGUUUCGGGGCUCGCGCAGGGGAGCGGGGAGUACUUCACCAAGAUCGGGGUGGGCACGCCCGCCACGCCGGCGCUCAUGGUGCUGGACACCGGCAGCGACGUGGUCUGGCUGCAGUGUGCGCCGUGCCGGACGUGCUACGACCAGUCGGGCCCGGUGUUCGACUCGCGGCGCUCCAGCUCGUACGGCGCCGUCGACUGCGCCGCGCCGCUGUGCCGCAGGCUGGACUCGGGGGGAUGCGACCUGCGCCGCAGGGCGUGCCUGUACCAGGUGGCCUACGGCGACGGCUCCGUGACGGCGGGCGACUUCGCCACCGAGACGCUCACCUUCGCGGGGGGUGCUCGCGUGGCGCGCGUCGCGCUCGGGUGCGGCCACGACAACGAGGGCCUGUUCGUGGCCGCGGCGGGGCUGCUGGGUCUGGGCCGCGGCAGCCUGUCGUUCCCGACCCAGAUCUCCCGCCGCUACGGCCGGAGCUUCUCCUACUGCCUCGUCGACCGCACCUCGUCCUCGUCGUCGUCGUCGUCCAGCGCUGCGUCGGGCUCCCGCUCCUCCACCGUCACCUUCGGCCCGGGCUCCGCCGCGUCGGCGUCCUUCACCCCGAUGGUCCGCAACCCGCGCAUGGAGACGUUCUACUACGUGCAGCUCGUGGGCAUCAGCGUGGGCGGCGCGCGCGUCCCCGGCGUGGCCGAGUCCGACCUCCGCCUGGACCCGUCCACGGGCCGCGGCGGCGUCAUCUUGGACUCGGGCACCUCGGUCACUCGCCUCGCUCGCCCGUCCUACUCCGCGCUCCGCGACGCGUUCCGCGCCGCCGCGGCGGGGCUCCGCCUCUCCCCCGGCGGGUUCUCCCUGUUCGACACGUGCUACGACCUGGGCGGGCGCAAGGUGGUGAAGGUGCCCACCGUGUCGAUGCACUUCGCGGGCGGCGCCGAGGCGGCGCUGCCCCCCGAGAACUACCUCAUCCCCGUGGACUCCAGGGGCACCUUCUGCUUCGCGUUCGCGGGCACCGACGGCGGGGUGUCCAUCAUCGGCAACAUCCAGCAGCAGGGGUUCCGCGUGGUGUUCGACGGCGACGGCCAGCGCGUCGGGUUCGCGCCCAAGGGCUGCUAA